UUCCGUCCUCGUAUGUCCCUGUUUCACUGAAGCAGGAGCGUCUUAAACGUCUCUGAUGUCCAUCAAAGUGUCUCCUCCGCCGGGCUGCACCAUCGACAUCUCAGAUCCUCAGGUCCAGGAGGCGGCCAUCAGGAUCCAGGCUUCGUACAGAGGACACAGGUCCCGUAAGGAGCUCCGGGAGAAGGGCCCCCCCCGGAUCCUGCAGAAUCUGAGAGACGUGAUUCUGGUGGAGGGCAGUGCUGCUAAACUCUCCUGCAGGGUCUCCGCGUUCCCCGACCCGUUCAUCGUCUGGUCCAAAGACGGCGCCCAGCUGCAGGACGGGCCCAAGUACCGCUACGUGUUCGAGGACCCGGACGUGGUGGCGCUGGUCGUGCGGGACGGCGAGCUGAGCGACCUCGGCAAAUACACCGUCGCCGUGAAGAAUCCGUUUGGACAAACGCAAGACUCGGCCUGUAUCACAGUGGAGGUCCCGGCCAAAGUGUCUAAAGGUCCUGACAGCCUGAGGUCCAAACGUGGCUGCACUGUGACUCUGAAGGCGGACAUCAGUGGAGAGCCCCCCCCGCUGGUGGCCUGGCUGAAGGACGGAGACGACAUCGACGAAGACGAAAGAGUUUUCUUCGACGUCGGUGACACCAGCUCCAUCCUGACCAUCAAAAACGCUCAGCCCCAAGACUCAGGAAAAUAUGAGGUGUUUGUGGAGAAUAAUCUGGGAACAGACCAGUCCUUCGCUCGGCUCGAUAUCGUCUGAACCUCACCCCUGAACCUCACCCCUGAACCUCUGAACCUCUGAACCUCACCCCUGAACCUCUGAACCCCUGAACCUCACCCCUGAACCUGCUUUUGUCUUUAUUCACCUGCUUUUUUUUCUGGUCUCACUGUUUGUAAAAAGGCAAAACAAACAGAACUGACCCUGUGUCCAGAGGUUUAACCUGCAGAUACAGACACAAGAACAUCUCAGUCUGAGGUUUGGAAGUGACCGUCCAGAUCAGAGAGACUUUUAGUCCUGGUUUAGUCCUGGUUUAGUCCUGGUUCAGUUCUGGUUUAGUCCAUGUUUAGUCCUUGUUUAGUCCUGGUUCAGUUCUGGUUUAGUCCAUGUUUA